UCUUCUUUCUUCUCUCUCUACAAGAACAAGAUGGAGUCUCUAGUUGGUUUACCAUUCAAUGUCCUAGAAAUCCCAAACCUCAAGCUUAGAAAACCAACAUGGCUCAAAGCUCCGUCAGGAAUGGUUGUCUUUGCUAUAAUCCUUCUUUCUUACUUUCUUGUUACAGGAGGAAUUAUAUAUGAUGUAAUCGUUGAGCCUCCAAGUGUUGGAAGUACGACAGACGAGCAUGGCCAUAGCAAACCUGUUGCUUUCAUGCCAUAUAGAGUUAAUGGACAAUACAUUAUGGAAGGUUUGGCCUCCAGCUUUCUGUUCUCCAUGGGAGGUAUUGGGUUUAUUAUUCUAGACAAGUCCAAUGCGCCUGGAAUGCCCAAGCUGAAUCGUUUCCUUCUCUUGUUCAUUGGUAUGAUCUGUGUGCUGAUUUCUUUCUUCACAUGCCGAGUCUUCAUGAGAAUGAAACUUCCGUAAGUAUUUUACAACUUCAACUAA